AUGCCUCAGUCAAAUCGAAAAAACAGCUCCAAGAGCUCGACAAGUAGUCGAGGUUCCCGGAGGAGUAGUGAGUCCUGCGACUCAUACGAGACGUAUGAAUCACAAAGCACAACGCCCACUUCUUACUAUGCAAGCACCGAGGCAUCAGUCAAGGAAGCCAAGGCCGUUUCCCACAAGUUUCAACCGGUUUACGAGGACGACAUAUCCCCAUCCACGAGCAACCACCUUCGAUCUUCUGUCGAUACUUUCGACUCCAGCUUGGCCUCCGACGACGACGAGGAUGAGCUGGAGCUGAAGCGCGACUCCGAGAUGGGCAGCUUUGACGAGCAUCAGGAGAUUCCGCCUUUGCCCGCCUACUACCGCGAUAUCAUCGACACCGAUGUCCGGCCCUCAAACCCCCAAGACUUUGCAAAAUUGUUUCCGUCCAUGAACAGGCUAUCAAUCUGCCAUGACGAGUUCACGUCCGACGGCAACAUGAACCUGAGGGUCGACACCGUCGCACCCGGCCGUCGCCCUUACAACAUCCAGCUCUUCCACCUGCGCAUGUACGACCUCGGCAAGCGCGAGUUCUCCCUUCGAAGAUACUGCCGCGAUUCGGGCCGCGAGGUCUGCAACUCCAAGCGCAAGUACGUCGAGGAGACCGUCAACGAACGGCCAACACUCCAACGAUCGGUCUCGAGCGCCAUCAAGACCUUGUCCAUGAGGAGACCUUUGUUGCGCACAAACUCUGGCGGGUCUCUCCUGGCCGGUAAGGGCAAGGACGUGGCCUCGCAGCGCCCGCCGUCCAGCGCCUCGUCUUGCCGCAACAGCACCGACGAGACCGCAAGCUACUUCAGGCGCUCUGCUUCCUUCGAGCCCGAGCCCAAGCCCAAGGCCCGCCCCGUACCCAGCAACACCAUGAAGCUCGAGUUCUCCAACUACGCGCGCGUCGACGUCUCGCGUCGCGGCGGCACCAACAACAAGCGCUACGAGUUUGAAUGGUGGGGUCACAAGUACCAGUGGAAGCGCGUGCUGGACAAGAACCUUGGCGUCGUCUCCUUUCACCUCGUCAAGGACGGCAAUAACAACGCCAGCGACGCCAUCGCGCACAUCGUCCCCGAGACGCGCUCGCCGAACCAGGUUAUUGAAGACGAGAGCGCCGGCGGCUGGGUGCCCCCCUGCCACAUGUGGAUCAGCGACCGCAGCGUCCUUGACGCCGUCACCGAUGUCGCCGAUGUCAUCGUCGCCACGGGCCUCAUGGCUCUCGUCGACGACUGCAUCAAGUACCGCUGGCAGACGAAGAAGGUCCACCGCAUCCCGGUGCCUCUGACGUCCCGGACGGUGGACGUCGAGUACGUCGGCCCCGGGCAUUUGUACAACACUUUCUCCAGCGCCGUGGCUCGGACCAGAUUUCGAGUCCGCUGCGGCAACGCCCGAUUUCGACCUACUGAUGUGGGAUUCUACCGGGUACUACGACGGCAGCAUUUCAGUUUCACUUGGCAUGCAAAACUUGUUUCAGAGCUGCCAAAAACAACUUCCUCUCAAAAUGUUUGA